GUGUUCUAUUAUUCGACGAGUCUCUUCACGAGCAGCGGCCUGACGGACGAGAGCGCAAAGUUCGCGACCAUAGGCAUCGGUGCGAUAAUGGUCGGAAUGACCCUGGUGUCCAUCCCGUUGAUGGACAGGACCGGCCGCAGGACGCUCCACCUCUACGGCCUCGGUGGAAUGUUCAUCUUCUCCAUCUUCAUCACCAUUUCGUUCCUCAUAAAGGAGAUGAUCGACUGGAUGUCGUACCUGUCCGUGGUGUCGACGCUCAGCUUCGUGGUGUUCUUCGCGGUUGGACCCGGUUCGAUUCCAUGGAUGAUUACGGCGGAGCUCUUCUCGCAGGGACCUAGACCGGCCGCGAUGUCGAUCGCAGUUCUCGUCAAUUGGUUGGCCAACUUCCUCGUCGGCAUCGGAUUUCCCAGCAUGAAGGUAAGUUCUAUUACUUUCCAUUUCUGUGCUCGUAAAUCCCGAUUACGUGUGCGCGCUUUUCCGAUUUGCAUUCUCUAUCUUUUCUCGCUGCUACCGAAAAUGGAACAAUUGGCCAAUUUCGGAAUCGGCGAACCGACGGAGACAGCUUAA